ACUUUCUAAGAACUCGAUAUACAGAUCAAUGAGAUCACAAAUCUCAUGUAUAUGGAGCUAUAUUUGAUGUUCAGCAACUUCUUCAAGUCUAUAAGGUGGUGUAAGGUGCCAGCUUUUAUGCAGGCGAAGGUAGAAAUGGGGCUUGUUAAUGAAGUUGAGCUUAAAAGCCUUUUGGAACAAGAAACAGAUUCCCCACAAACAAAUGCAGCUUCUUUGAUGGAGCAAGGAUCACUUCGAGAACGCAGAGCUAAAGCGCCUAGGAACAGUGUGGUCCAGAGCUUCAAGAUCGUCAUUUUAUCGAAUAAACUAAAUCUUUUGUUGCCUUUCGGUCCUCUAGCAAUACUAGUCCACUACUUGACAGAUAAUAAGGGGUGGUUCUUCUUACUAAGCUUAGUAGGUAUCACACCAUUAGCUGAACGUCUCGGAUAUGCCACAGAGCAAUUGUCUUGCUACACAGGCGCAACUGUUGGAGGUCUCCUCAAUGCUACAUUUGGAAACGUGAUUGAGCUGAUCAUAUCGAUUAUCGCUCUUAAAAAUGGAAUGAUACGCGUUGUACAGUUGACGCUGCUUGGCUCGAUUCUUUCUAACAUUUUGCUUGUACUUGGCUGCGCUUUUUUCUGUGGCGGCCUUGUGUUUCCCGGGAAAGAUCAAGUCUUUGACAAAAGGAAUGCAGUUGUGAGUUCGGGCAUGCUUUUAAUGGCAGUCAUGGGACUACUCUUCCCCACAUUUCUUCAUUACACGCACAGCGAGGUUCAUGCUGGAUCAUCAGAGCUUGCUCUGUCGAGAUUUAUCAGUUGUAUAAUGCUCGUUGCCUAUGCAGCUUAUCUCUUUUUCCAGUUAAAGAGCCAGCCAAGUUUUUAUACCGAGAAAACUAACCAGAACGAAGAAACUUCAAACGAUGAUGAAGAUCCUGAGAUCUCCAAGUGGGAAGCUAUCAUCUGGCUUUCAAUCUUUACGGCUUGGGUCUCUCUUCUUUCGGGCUAUCUUGUCGAUGCCAUAGAGGGUACUUCGGUCUCAUGGAAGAUACCAAUCUCUUUUAUCAGUGUCAUCUUGCUUCCUAUAGUUGGGAAUGCGGCUGAGCAUGCAGGUGCGAUUAUGUUUGCCAUGAAAGACAAGCUGGAUCUGUCUUUGGGAGUGGCUAUUGGAUCCUCCAUUCAGAUUUCUAUGUUCGCGGUUCCUUUUUGUGUGGUGAUCGGAUGGAUGAUGGGUGCACAAAUGGAUCUAAAUCUCCAGCUAUUUGAGACGGCUACUCUGCUCAUAACUGUUAUUGUUGUAGCUUUCUUUCUCCAGUUAGAAGGGACAUCGAAUUACUUCAAAAGAUUGAUGCUCAUUCUUUGCUAUUUGAUAGUCGCUGCUAGUUUCUUUGUACACGAAGAUCCUCAUCAAGGAACAGACCAUCAGCAGAUAUGCACAUGCAGGACACCAUCCUAUACAUAUGAGAUUCUAUAG